AUGAUCGUUUAUAACAAUGUAGCUAUUAAACAUUCAAGUGAAUCACUUUCUAAUCAUUUAUUAUGUCUAUUAAAUGCAUUAUGCUCAGAGGAUCGUGUAUAUGCCAAAUCAGCGAAUAAUUAUCUUUUAGACGUUCUUUUGAAUCAAAUCCUUCUUGAAUGUGAAAACAAGAUUAUUGAUCAUUCUAAUAUUAAAGUAUCGAUGGAUAUGCUACUCGAAUUAACUGAUACAAGUGCAAAAGAUUCAGUUUACGCAACUGAUUUUGAAGGACAAUUUUUGGAGACUAGAGAAUGUGAUGCACCAGAAUAUAUGAAAAAAAAGUAUUGUAAAGAAGAACUUAUUUCUAAACAUCUUAAAACCGUUAUUGAGAUGGAAAACUCUGGUUUAAUUCCUAUGCUAAGAAAUGAAAAAAUGGAUGAUCUCGGAAGAAUGUACAAAUUAUUCGGGCGGGUUGCUAAAGGCCACGAAGAGAUGAAAACUGCUAUUAGUAAUUAUAUACGUGAGCUCGGUAAGGAUAUAAAUGAAACCGUUUCUAAUAGUGCUACAACGGCAACGGCCGCCGAAAGCAAUACUACCGGUGAUCGACAAACUGGAACUUCCGUAGCAAUACGAUGGGUGCAAGAUGUACUGGAUCUUAAAGAUAAAUUUGAUAAAGUUCAGAAUUUGGCGUUGUCUAAUGAUAAAGCAUUCCAAACUGCAUUUAACGAGAAAACUGAAGAAGAAGUAGAUAACGUAUUAGAUAAGACCAUUACAUUAUUCCGUUUCAUUGGUGAAAAAGAUGUUUUUGAACGAUACUAUAAACAACAUUUGGCCAAACGACUAUUACUUGGACGUAGUGUAAGCGAUGAUGCAGAAAGAGGAAUGAUCGGUAAACUUAAAAUCGAAUGUGGAUAUCAAUUCACGACAAAACUUGAAGGAAUGUUUAACGACAUGAGGAUCUCAACAGAUACCAUGGCAGACUUUAAGGACUAUUUGGAAAAAUCAGCAUUGGAGAGGCCUAAAUUGGAUUUAAGCGUUACCGUUCUUACGUCUACAUUCUGGCCUAUGAAUUUAUCCGCAAGUCCACGGUGUAAUUUCCCUGCAGAAAUAACCAAAGCAUGUGAUACAUUUCAAAGAUUUUAUCUUGCACGACAUAGUGGUCGAAGGUUGACAUGGCAGUCCAAUAUGGGAAGUGCAGAUAUCCGUGCCACUUUUAAUGCUCGGAAACAUGAUAUUAAUGUAUCAACGUAUCAAAUGGUUAUACUUUUAAUGUUCAACGAUUUGCCAGCUGGCCAAAGCUUGUCAUAUGAGACAAUAAAGGGUGAAAGUGACAUUCCAGAGGCUGACCUCAAACGUAAUCUUCAAUCACUAGCGUGCGCUAAGUAUAAAAUUCUUGUGAAAGAACCUAAAGGGAAAGAAAUCGAAUCAGGAGACAAAUUCUAUUUCAAUAGUGACUUUACGUGUCAGCUGCAACGCAUUAAAAUUCAAACAGUAGCCAGUAAAGUUGAAACAGAAGGUGAAAGGAAAGAUACGAGAGAAAAGGUUGAAGAGGCCAGGAAACAUCAGACAGAAGCUGCAAUUGUAAGAAUUAUGAAAGACAGAAAAACGAUGGAUCAUAAUCUUCUAAUUGCAGAGGUAACGAAACAACUGCAGCCGCGGUUUGUACCCAAUCCAGCAAUGAUCAAAAAGCGAAUUGAGGCAUUAAUUGAACGUGAAUAUCUAGAACGAGCGCCGGGUGAUAGACGUGUCUAUAAUUAUCUCGCAUAA